ACGUGAAGAAGGAGCGAGAGCGGCAGGGCGGCGGCGGCGGCGGCGACAAGACCAAAAGGGAGCGGAAAGGCAUGAAGGAGCUGGGGCUGGAGCGCUCCCGCCACUUCGGGUGGUCCAACACGUACGUGUUCACCAAGGCCAUGGGCGAGAUGCUGCUGGGGCAGCUCCACGGCGCCAUCCCGGUGGUGAUCCUGCGGCCCAGCAUCAUCACCAGCAUCCUCAGGGACCCGCUCCCCGGGUGGAUGCAGGGGACGCGGACCAUCGACACCAUCAUCAUCGGCUACGCCAAGCAGAACCUGUCGUGCUUCCUGGCGGACCUGGAGCUGACCAUGGACGUGAUCCCGGGGGACAUGGUGGCCAACGCCAUGAUGGUGGCCAUGGUGGCGCACUCGGAGGAGCAGGGCGCGGAGGUGAUGUACCACGCCACCUCCUCGCUGCGCAACCCGGCCCCCUACGGCGUGCUCUACGAGUCCGGCCGCCGGCACUUCUACGAGAACCCCAGGCUGAGCAAGGACGGGCGGGUCAUCCCCACCAAGGAGAUGCACUUCUUCAAGACCAUCGCCAGCUUCCACUUGUACAUGCUCAUCAAGUACAAGCUGCCACUCGAGAUCCUGCACGUGGUGAACCUGCUCCUCUGCGGCCUCUUCUCGCAACUCUACGACGAUCUCAACCGGAAAUACAAGUUCGUCAUGCAUCUCGUCGACGUCUACGGUCCCUUCGCCUUAUUCAAAGGAUGCUUCGACGACAUCAACUUGGAGCGGCUGCGAUUGACCAUGACCAAGACAAGCCCGGAGGAUGACAUGUUCAAUUUUGAUCCCAAGACCGUCGACUGGAACGACUACUUCUACAAAAUCCACAUACCGGGUGUCCUCAAGUAUGUGCUCAAGUAAAACCACAGCAAAAUUUAUCAAGAUAUAUGCACCUUAUCUUCUCCACAAAGCCAAAAACCACAUCACGCGUGUUCUUCUUGCAUGGGUAUGUGAUGGAAAAACAAGGAAGACUUUUCACAUGCCGGCUAGAUUAUUAUGUUGGAGAAGGACAUCAUUGAUCGGUGAUAAAAACAAAAAAAAACAAGCAUGUAUUCUUGAAUUAUAUGUUCAGGUUUGUGUAA